CUCAUUCCGUGUUCACCGUUGUUGUGCGAUUGAAAUAAUUUAAGGUAUCGCUUUGCUCACGAAUUCCUCAUCCGUUGCACCAUGUACCCGGCCGGAAACAAUCUGCUGGCUGGACCGUUCUGGAACAACGGUCCUGCUCCGGGUGCCUUCUACAACUUCCCCGGCAGUGCAGCCAAUGUAGGGGCCAUGCAAGCCCCUGCGAAGGAGACCCCGGGAGAGUUUGGCACACAGCGCGUGUACUCCCCGGUGACCACCGGAUCGUCCGUGGUGGGCCUCAUGUUUAAGGAUGGUGUGGUGAUUGCGGCUGACAAGCUGAUUUCGUACGGUUCGCUCGCUCGCUACCACGAUGUCGAUCGAGUGUAUCGCAUCAACGACAAAACGAUUCUCGGCAUCGGUGGGGAUUUUGCCGACUUCCAGUACAUCAAGCGAUACAUCGACCAGAAGGUAAUUGAUGAUCAGUGUCUGGACGACAAGAACGAAAUGAAGCCCCUUUCGUUCUACAACUGGCUGACGCGCGUCAUGUACAACCGCCGGUCGAACUUUGAGCCCCUCUACCUCGACCUGGUGAUCGGCGGCAUGCAGGACGGUGAACCAUUCCUGGGCCACGUUAAUCUGCGGGGCCGCUCGUACACGAGCAACGUCGUCGCCACCGGGUACGGCACCCAUCUAGCGUUGCCACUGCUGCGCGAGUAUUCGGAAAAUCCGACCGCGUUCCAAACCCUGGACCAACCGCAGGCAUCCGAUCUGGUGAAACGCGUUAUGGAGGUGCUCUGGUACCGCGACUGCCGUAGCGAUCCCAAGUACUCGCAGGCCAUCUGCACCACCGGCGGCGUACAUCUCGAUGCCGAUUGCUUCGUGGCACAGAACUGGAACCUAGCGCAUACGAUCUAGGUAUUUUGAGGAGGAAGCUAAACAUCGGCUACGCUUUGGUGCGUGUGUUUUGCUUGAAAUAUACACGAAAAUCUUCUUUAAAUAAAUCGGAACUUUCCCGGUAUCGGUAUCGUAACA